AGAGCCACUUGGCAUUGGAUUUCAUAUCUCAAAUCAAACAAUGGCGGACUCCGACAAUGUGAAUUCGUCCGGAAAUCUGCCGACGACACCCGAAUCUCCCACCUCUGCUGGCUUCAACACAGAUCAACUCCCUCCAAACACCAGCCGCACCUCCGAGAACUUCUCAGACGAGGACGACGACGAAGCCGCCGUUGAUCCCCACGUCGUAACAGACGAGCCCGACGACGGAGACGCUCCCGAGGAUGAAGAUGGAGAGGACCUCUUCCUCGACAAUUUCAUGGACGAUUAUCGGAGAAUGGAGGAGCACGACCAGUACGAGUCCGUGGGCCUGGACGAGUCGCUUGAAGACGAGAGGGAUCUGGAUCAGAUCAUGGCCGAUCGAAGGGCUGCUGAAAUUGAGCUCGAUGCCAGAGACGCUCGCACUACUCAGCGCAAACUUCCUCAUCUUCUGCGUGAUCAAGACACAGAUGAUGACAACUACAGGCCGUCAAAAAGGUCUAGAGCUGAUUUUAGGACUCCAGCUAUGCCAAGAAGCUAUGACGAUAUUGAUGCAAUGCAGAGCUCACCAGGAAGAUCACAACGACAUUCAAGGGAGGACGUGCCCAUGACAGAUCAGACUGAUGAUGAGGGUUACGAGGACGAAGACAAUGAUGAAGGUGAAUUUGAGAUGUACCGUGUCCAAGGAACUUUAAGGGAGUGGGUUACAAGAGAUGAAGUGCGUCGCUUCAUAGCCAAGAAAUUUAAAGAUUUCUUGAGAUCAUACGUGAACCCCAAGGACGACCAUGGUAGUCCUGAAUACGUGCAGCUGAUAAAUGAGAUGGUAUCGGCUAACAAGUGUAGCUUGGAGAUUGAUUAUAAACAAUUUAUCUAUAUUCAUCCGAAUAUUGCCAUUUGGCUGGCUGAUGCACCUCAGUCUGUCCUUGAGGUCAUGGAAGAAGUUGCUAAGAGUUUUGUCUUUGACUUGCAUCCCAACUAUAAAAAUAUCCAUCAAAAAAUCUACGUUCGCAUUACCAAUUUGCCAGUUUAUGAUCAGAUACGCAACAUAAGGCAAGUCCAUUUGAACACCAUGAUUCGUAUUGGGGGAGUUGUCACCCGACGUUCUGGGGUUUUCCCCCAGUUGCAGCAGGUGAAGUAUGAUUGCAAUAAAUGUGGGAUGAUUCUGGGGCCAUUCUUUCAGAAUUCAUACUCAGAAGUUAAGGUUGGUUCUUGUCCAGAAUGCCAAUCGAAAGGACCUUUUACAGUCAAUAUUGAGCAGACAAUAUACAGGAAUUAUCAAAAAAUCACACUCCAAGAGAGUCCUGGUAUUGUGCCCGCAGGUCGACUUCCAAGGUAUAAGGAAGUCAUAUUAUUGAAUGAUCUGAUCGAUUGUGCUCGCCCUGGUGAAGAAAUUGAGGUCACCGGCAUUUACACAAAUAAUUUUGACUUAUCUCUGAAUACGAAGAAUGGAUUUCCUGUUUUUGCCACUGUGAUUGAAGCAAACUAUGUUACAAAGAAACAAGAUCUAUUUUCUGCUUACAAACUUACCCAGGAAGACAAAGAAGAAAUUGAAAAGCUGUCUAAAGACCCUAGGAUUGGAGAAAGGAUUAUCAAGUCCAUUGCCCCGUCAAUUUAUGGGCAUGAAGACAUUAAAACUGCAAUUGCUCUUGCAAUGUUUGGGGGCCAAGAAAAAAAUAUCAAAGGGAAACACCGGCUUCGAGGGGACAUAAAUGUACUUCUUUUAGGUGACCCAGGCACUGCUAAAUCGCAGUUUCUCAAGUAUGUUGAGAAGACUGGGCAACGAGCUGUUUAUACUACUGGAAAAGGAGCCUCUGCUGUUGGGCUCACAGCAGCUGUGCACAAGGACCCAGUAACACGAGAGUGGACCCUUGAGGGAGGGGCUCUUGUCUUAGCUGAUAAGGGAAUCUGUCUUAUAGAUGAGUUUGACAAGAUGAAUGAUCAAGACAGGGUGAGUAUCCAUGAAGCAAUGGAGCAGCAAAGUAUUAGCAUAUCAAAGGCUGGGAUAGUAACCUCUCUCCAGGCUCGCUGUUCUGUAAUUGCUGCUGCAAAUCCAAUUGGAGGAAGGUAUGAUUCCUCGAAGACCUUUUCGCAGAAUGUUGAAUUGACGGAUCCAAUUAUUUCUCGUUUUGACAUACUCUGCGUUGUUAAGGAUGUGGUUGACCCUGUCACAGACGAGAUGCUUGCAAAAUUUGUAGUUGAUAGUCAUUUUAAGUCACAGCCCAAGGGUGCUAACAUAGAUGAAAAGUCUUUCAGUGAAUCUCAAGAAGAUAUUCAGGCCUCUGCCAGACUCAUUGAUCCUGAGAUACUUCCUCAAGAUUUGCUAAAGAAGUACGUUACUUACGCAAAACUGAAUGUAUUUCCAAGGUUACAUGAUGCUGAUCUGAAUAAGCUGACUCAUGUAUAUGCUGAAUUGCGGAGAGAAUCUUCGCAUGGGCAAGGAGUUCCUAUUGCAGUGAGGCACAUAGAAUCAAUGAUAAGGAUGUCUGAAGCACAUGCAAAAAUGCACCUCAGGCAGCAUGUCACACAAGAAGAUGUGGACAUGGCAAUUCGCGUCUUACUUGAUUCAUUUAUUUCAACACAAAAGUUUGGUGUGCAAAAAGCUCUGCAAAAGAGCUUCAAAAAGUACAUGACUUUCAAGAAGGAUUACAAUGAACUGCUGCUGUAUCUUCUUCGUGGGCUUGUGAAAGAUGCAUUGCACUUUGAGGAGAUUGUGUCUGGGUCUGCUUCGGGGCUGACCCAUGUUGAUGUGAAAAUAGAGGAGUUGCAGAGCAAGGCUCAGGAUUACGAAAUUUAUGAUCUGCAGCCCUUCUUCUCCAGCAACCAAUUCUUUAGAGCCAAUUUUGAUUUAGAUGAAGAGCGUGGAGUCGUAAGGCACCGCCUGGCGAGAUGAAGCAAUCAGAAAGAGGAGGGAGGCUGAGCUUUAAUGAUUUUAGGUUUUAAUGAGGCACCAAUGUACGGAAACCCACUGCUGAAAACUCUCCCAGAUCGAGAGUGAAGAGCGCGGGAUGCUCUCCUUCCGCAUUACAUACAUAUUAGAUAGUUUAAUUAAAUCAUGAAUGAAAUUGAUUCUUCACUUUUCAGAAGUUGGCACACAAUUCGGGCGCUGUACUGACAACGCUAUCAUUUAAUAUUUUACGGUUUAGAGUGACAUUUUUAUAUUAAAAUUUAUAUGAAUUCACCUUAAUUUAAA